AUGGCGAAAAACGACCCUGAUGAAAGGCUGGUUUAUCUGGCUUGCCAGCAUAUCUUCCGUGGCUCUCACUCCCACGUCCGAAAAUCAAAAAGGAUUAGGAGCUUGAUUCAAGAGAACAAGCCUUCUCUCACAGAUAUUUUACGGGAACACAAUAUCGAUCGUACUGUCCAAGUUGUGAAAAAGUUGCUUGAGGAUCAAGUUUUUGACAAUACUUUGAAAGCCAAGAUACGAUUCCCGGAAUUGUUUGACGUAUCACCAACUCAAAGCGCUGAGAGAGAGGCUUCAGAAGCAGAGGCGGCGAGAGGUGAAGCAAGUACGGUGAGAGAGAUUUCCGAAAGGGAAGUCUCUAGAGAUACCGCUAUCGUUUCUCAAGCAAAACCAGAUGAUGAGGGGGACAGGGAAUCAAAGAAAUCACACUUAGAAAGGGAGCCAGAUAUCAAUCAAGCCAUUCCGUCGCUAUACCCAGUAUACAUACAGUAUCGAUGUCAGCAUCUUAUCACAACCACGAUACAAAACUUACUCGAAGAGAGUUGUUUUGAGUUCGCUCAGCAGCAUUUUCCUCGCAUUUUGAUAACAAAAGGCUGGGAUUGCCCUGAAGCAGUAGAACUGACAGCAUGGACGAAGCUCAUCUCUCAGCAUCCUCCGCAGCCGGCAAAAGGCAUAAAUAAACCGAUCGACGAAUUAUUUGGCCUUCUUCAUGAGUUGCGACACUCUGCAGUCCACAGACUUCGAAAAACUGCGAAUAGUAUCGAACGACUUGCCGAAAAUGCACAGCUUUUUCUUGAAGCCUUGGAUGAUUUAGAUCGUUCAGAAAAGGUUUCGGUGCUUCGAAGAGAGCUGAAAGGCGCAAUUGAAGAGCUCAAGCGCAACAAAGAUCUUUUGGAAGGGAAACUACAAACGCAACUUAAGAAUAUACAAAAAAAGCGAGCCGAAUUGGAUAUAUGUGAACAAAAUGCAAUCAAAUCUAUGGGCAUCGAUGAUCAACAAUGUCAGAACGAUGUCGCGGAAUCGUUGAAUGGUGCGGUCCGAAAUUUGAUAUCAAACGAAACACAAAAUGCGAAUGGGAAGGGAAGAUUGUUUUCUAGAGACCAAUGGUUGUAUGAAUCGGAAGAUGAGUUUCCCAGGGCAGAUUUAACAAUUUAUAGCCCGGAACUCGACGAGGGCUCCAGUACAGAAUGA